GGGAAAUAUGGCGGCGUAGACGACGACUGGUUGAGUAGCUAUACUUUAAUUGCUCCUAAAUUGAUGAACGAGCAAUGCAAAGUAGAAGGAAAACAACAAAGUGCAACGCAACUUGUGACCAUUUCACAUGUCGAAGGCGCCCUGAAAAAAGAGCCUGACAACAUCGUGGCAAACUCCAGAAGGACCGGGUCAGUGCUUUGGUUGGUGGUCCGGGUUUUGGAGCCCGGGAUAGAAGUACGAGAGACACGGAAGUUGGAGAAGUACUCGGGAACCAAGGGCUGGGUGUUUGCUGAGCACAAGCAUGUUUCAGGUCAUCACUUAGGAAUCAGUCAAGGUGAUAAUUACUUGGUCAGUGUUUUGUGGUAACUUUGGGGGUAUUUAAAGAGCUUCUAGCCAAAUAGCACGAGUGAGCAGUUGCCUGUAUGUACCCGAAAACUCGCGCUGUCGAAGUGCUAGCGAUAGCAUAAUCGAUAGCUCGGGGGUUCCAAUAAGUGAAAGCAUUAUAUUCAAUAACACCAUUGCGUUUUGAUAAAGACUACUUGGAAAACUUUAUGCAACAGUCAUAAUGCGAUUGCAACGCUUCGUUACUUUGUAUAGUGAAUCUUGGCUAUCGACAUAAUGUUUAUAUUUGGGCACCGAUUUGAUAGUAACCUAGCUUCUAUGCCAGGCAACUCAACAAUGCUAAUUUAUCACAAGUUAGUAAACUAGCCUAUGCUUCUUUAUUACUUGAUAUAACAAUAAAUAUGUUCAGUAUGCUAAUUAGUCAUACCCAAACUAUCUGAUCUGCAAACUAUCGGAUCUGCUAUGCAUAUUUUAUACCGUUAAAGAUAUACAUUUUCCUCGUUACGUUGACACGUUGUCUAAAUGCCAAAUAGUUGUUGUGGUGUUAACAAUUGAGGAACACAUCAUUGUUAUAGCUUUGCUAUAACUUCUACAAAGUUAGUUCUGCCCCUAAAAGCCGAAGAGGAAAUAACAUUGAGUUACAUCUACAUUGAGGUCCAAUACAUUUCUCUAUGCAUUCCCAUUAAAUUACAUUCUGUCAAAGAGCACAUAUCACACCCUUGAGAGUAGACACUAGUUGGGUGUUAUUUGGGAACUGACUAAGGAUUGGUUACACCAAUAUACAUAUGUUGUUAGUUUACAUCGAAGAACCAGGUUGCUUUAUGGAAGAUAGAAAGAAUUCUGGAAACUUUAACUUUGCCAUAAACUACAUUGCGACCACCCAGGGAUUCACCAGUCUUUUUGGUUCCUAGCUGAGCAGAUUUGCAGUAAGGUAUUUCUGACAGUAAAACCCUAACUAAAGUGCCUUUUUGCUCAGUCAUUAAAACUGAAAGCUUAUCAUCUUCAUAAAUGAAUGCCUUAUUACAAUGGUGGCAUCCACUACUAGAGAAUGCUGGUGGCAUCAUUUGAAUGUUGUGUAGAAAAAAGUUCUAUUAGCUAGUAGGACUUGACCUUGUAGGCCUUUGCCCUGCAAUACUUUGAACACAAGUGCCUGCACCAGGUGUUCUACUGAGCCUGUGUCAUUGGACAGUUUUGGCAACAUUCACAGCAGUCAGCCUGCAUAUGAACUUAAGAAUGGACCACUCUUGAAAAGCCAAUGCAUGAAGCAGGGGACAGGCUUUCACAGUGCUUUGGCUGCCGACUGAACAACCCCCUCAGUCAUCGCCGCCGCCGCCACCACCGCCCACAACACCUCAGAGAGACUCUUCACCAUCCCUGGCGGUGGGAUGCGAGGCUAGUCCACCUCACUCUCAAGUCUGCCUCCCUCCUCACCGGCCUCCUCCACCACCAGUUCCCAGACUGAAACGCCCGAGGCCUCGGACCGACUCGGUGGACUUACCCACGGAGGGGCUCCCUUCCCCUUCCUUCCUGGGGGGGUCUGCUGCUUCCCCUUUCCCUGCUGCCUGCCCCGGCUGCAGGCCUGGGCCCAGGGCCUUAUGGGGCAGCAGCCAGGGAAGCUAGUCGGGGACCAGAGGAGGACCAGUCUGCCGACGCUGCCCUUCAUCAAGGGUGGGAAGAAGGAUGGAGGCUCGUCGCGGCAUGGGGCACACACCUUAAACGUCUUUGUUGCACACGAACAGAGACCUGACUUUGAGCCCCAGGGUCUGUCGGAAGCAGCCCGUUGGAACUCCAAGGAGAACCUGCUAGCGGGACCCAGCGAAAAUGACCCCAACCUGUUUGUGGCACUGUACGACUUUGUAGCAAGUGGGGACAACACUCUUAGCAUAACUAAAGGAGAGAAGCUCCGUGUCCUGGGCUACAACCACAAUGGCGAGUGGUGUGAGGCCCAGACGAAGAAUGGCCAGGGAUGGGUGCCUAGCAACUACAUCACGCCGGUCAACAGCCUGGAGAAGCACAGCUGGUACCACGGGCCGGUGUCGCGCAACGCCGCCGAGUACCUGCUCAGCAGCGGCAUCAACGGCAGCUUCCUGGUGCGGGAGAGCGAGAGCAGCCCGGGUCAGCGGUCCAUCUCGCUACGCUACGAGGGACGCGUCUACCACUACCGCAUCAACACGGCCUCCGACGGCAAGCUGUACGUGUCGUCGGACAGCCGCUUCAACACGCUGGCGGAGCUGGUGCACCACCACUCCACGGUGGCCGACGGGCUCAUCACCACGCUGCACUACCCGGCGCCCAAGCGCAACAAGCCCACCGUCUACGGCGUGUCGCCCAACUACGACAAGUGGGAGAUGGAGCGCACCGACAUCACCAUGAAGCACAAGCUGGGCGGCGGUCAGUACGGAGAGGUCUAUGAGGGAGUCUGGAAAAAGUACAACCUCACCGUGGCCGUCAAGACCCUGAAGGAGGACACUAUGGAGGUGGAGGAGUUCCUCAAGGAGGCUGCUGUCAUGAAAGAAAUCAAACACCCAAACCUGGUGCAGCUUCUCGGUGUGUGCACGCGGGAGCCGCCCUUCUACAUAAUCACAGAGUUCAUGACGCACGGCAACCUGCUGGACUACCUGCGCGAGUGCAACCGCGAGGAGGUGAACGCCGUGGUGCUGCUCUACAUGGCCACGCAGAUCUCCUCCGCCAUGGAGUACCUGGAGAAGAAGAACUUCAUCCACAGGGACCUGGCUGCCCGUAACUGCUUGGUCGGGGAGAACCACUUGGUGAAGGUGGCCGACUUCGGCCUGAGUCGGCUGAUGACGGGAGACACGUACACAGCCCACGCCGGCGCCAAAUUCCCGAUCAAGUGGACCGCCCCAGAGAGCCUGGCCUACAACAAGUUCUCCAUUAAAUCCGACGUGUGGGCGUUUGGGGUUCUGCUGUGGGAGAUCGCCACAUAUGGGAUGUCCCCUUACCCAGGGAUUGACUUGUCCCAGGUGUACGAGCUGCUGGAGAAGGACUACCGCAUGGACCGGCCCGAGGGCUGCCCUGAGAAAGUCUACGAGCUCAUGAGAGCCUGCUGGAGAUGGAACCCUCAGGAGCGGCCAUCCUUCGCUGAGACCCACCAGGCGUUUGAGACCAUGUUCCAGGAGUCCAGCAUCUCCGACGAGGUGGAGAAGGAGCUGGGGAAGAAGGGGAAGAAGAUGACCCUGGGCCCCAUCCAGCAGGCUCCAGAGCUGCCCACUAAGACCAGGACGCUGCGCAGGAACGGCAAAGAUGGAGACAGCCCAGAUGCUGCGGAGCCCGAGGUGGCCGUGUCGCCCAUGCUGCCCAGGAAAGAGCGCCCCCAGCUGGACAGCAACCUGAACGAGGACGAGCGUCUGCUGCCCAAGGACAAGUCGCGCACCAACCUCUUCCCCAACCUCUUCCCCAGCCUCAUCAAGAAGAAUAAGAAGAAGACGGCGCCCGCCCCGCCCAAGCGCAGCAGCUCCUUCAACAACGGUCAGUCGCCCUUCAGUGACCACAGCCAUGGCAUCGAUAACGUCAAGUUCCUGGGCACGUCCAACAACAAUGGAGCGAGUGGCGGCAUCACCAAUGGCGCCCCUACCUACCCUGGCCCUCUCUUCCCCCACCACUCACGUAAGAAGGCCAUUCCCCCUGGCAGACUGGCCGGGACUCCGCCGGGCGAUGAGGAUGGUGUGUCCAACUCGACGCAUUUCCUCCGCUCGGCAUCAGCCUCUGGGUCAAGCGGAAGUCGGACCGAGUGGAGGUCGGUCACGCUCCCUCGCGACGUGCCGUCGCGCAAUUUCGACUCGGGCACAUUAGGCGGGGGCAAGCCCGCCCUGCCCCGCAAGCGGGCCAGCGAGCAGAAGUCCUCGGGCGACGCCUCGGCCGCGACCCCACGCAUGGGCGGCGCGCUGACGCCUCCCCCGCGUCUCCCCAAGAAGUUUGAGGAGCCUGCUGGUGACGACGCGGCAGAGGCCAGCCCGGCGUCCAGCUCGCAGACGCUCACACCCAAGCUGAGCCGGCGGCCGCAGACCCAGAACCAGUUGCCGUCGCCGUCGUCGUCGGACAAGACCAGCGCCCUGCAGGCCGAGCUGCUCAAGCCCAACGUCUUCUCGCCUCUGGGGGCGGCUGGCGACGAGUGUCGCGCCCGCCGCCACAAGCACCCGCUGGACCCCCCCGUGCAGAGGGAGCGGGUCAAGUUCCAGAAGCCCAAGCCGGCGCCGCCUCCUCCCCCGCCCUCAAGCGGCAAGGCGGGCAAGCUGUCAUCGCGGAGCCCCACUCACGAGCACCAUUCCUCCUCGUCCUCUUCUCCGUCGGACCCCAAAGCCAAAGGCGGCUCUGAGGCCAGCCCCGCCAGCUCCCCCUCCGAGCUCGGCAAGAGCUUCCUACCGCCAGACGGCUCCGCUAAGAAACUCCCCGGGCUGUCCAGCGCCUCCUCGAAAGUGCAGGCGUCCAAAACCUCCUCCUCAUCCUCCUCCUCCUCCUCCUCCGUGUCCCCAACGAGCGCGCCACUCGGCUUAGGCGGGAACUCCUUACCGGGCGAUUCGCCGCUAGCGGCGACGCCGUUCUCGGCGUCGAUUCGUCGCUCGCUGCGCAAGACGCGCCAGCCGGCCGACCGGCUCUCCAGCUCGGCCAUCACGCGCGAGAUGCUGCUGGAGAGCACUGAACUGUUGCGCGCCGCCAUCGGCCGCAACUCUGAGCAGACGGGCAGCCACAGUGCCGUGCUGGAGGCCGGCAAAAACCUGUCAAAGUACUGCGCCAGCUACGUGGAGUCCAUCCAGCAGAUGCGCAACAAGUUUGCCUUCCGCGAGGCCAUCAACAAGCUGGAGAGCAGCCUGCGCGAGCUCCAGAUCUGCCCGACGGCCAGCAACUCCGCCAACGCCGGGCAGCCGCCGGACUUCAGCAAGUUGCUCUCCUCCGUCAAGGAGAUCAGCGACAUCGUGCAGAGGUAGCGGAACGGAGCUUUGCAUAUGUGUACGUGUGUGUGUGUGUGACUGUGUGUGUGUGUGAGUGUGAGAGAGAGGGAAAGAGAUAGAGAUCUGGAAGGGGUUAGAGGACGGACUGGACCUCAUAGUGGAGGACUGACACUAAGGCCUGCAGCAGUGGUGACACAGUCGACACACCACUGAUGGUGCAAAAUAAAGGAAACUGUCAUCAGUGGUUCUGGUAGUGGUUGGACA